CAAACCAAAAGUACUCACCUCAUCUCACACAAACAAAAAAUAAAAAGGACAAAGCAAAAACAAAACUUGAACACUUCAACUUGGUCUUUGUUCUUCUUCUUCUUCUUGGUUCUUGGACCAACACAUACAUACAUACAUACAUAGCAAAUAGCUUUUGUAUUGCAUUGCCUAAACACUAAUCCUUCCUUUCCCUUCCCUUCCCUUCCUUCCCAAACACAAGUAACAAGUACACCUUCUCACACCGCACUUUCUUUUAUAUAUAUAUAUAUUUAUAUGCUUCCGACAAGACAGAGUUGGAUCUGUGUAUGCACCCCACGUGUUUGAUUUUUGGUCUGGAAGCCUUAAAUAGCACUGGUGGAGGCGGUGGAGGUGGAGUUGGUGUUGGUGGUGGUGGUGGUGGUGGUGGUUGUAGUGGUGGUGGGGCAGGGAUGAUGAGUAGUACUAGCAGGUCGCCAUUCACAGUGUCUCAGUGGCAGGAACUGGAGCACCAAGCUCUGAUUUACAAGUACAUGGUGGCUGGUCUUCCUGUUCCUCCUGAUCUUGUUAUCCCCAUUCAGAAGAGCUUUGACUCUAUUUCCCAUUCCUUCUUCCACCACCCUGCUCUGAGUUAUUGUUCUUUCUAUGGGAAAAAGGUGGACCCGGAGCCAGGACGAUGCAGGAGAACUGAUGGGAAAAAGUGGAGGUGCUCUAAGGAAGCAUACCCGGACUCCAAGUACUGUGAGCGACACAUGCACCGUGGCCGCAACCGUUCAAGAAAGCCUGUGGAAUCACAAUCUAUGACACAGUCAUCAUCCACUGUGACAUCACUGACUGCUACAACUGGUGGCAGCAGUGGAACUGGAAGUUACCAGAACCUUAACACAAUUACCUUUGCUAAUCCUCAAGGCACUGGUUCUGGAGCUGAACAGACACAUUAUCAUUUGGAUUCUAUCCCCUAUGGGAUUCCAAGCAGAGAGUACAGGUAUCUUCAGGGAAAUAAAUCAGAGGGUGGCGAACAGAGUUUCUUUUCCAAAGCUUUAGGAAGCAACAAGGAACUUCGGAUCGAAACGCAGCUGGAAAACACUUUGAUGCCAACCAGAGUUGCCUCCUUCUCAACAUCAAGAUCAAACAACAACUCCAUUUUGCCGGGUGAUUAUCUGCAGAAUUCAUAUUUAUCCGACGAGCAUGCAUCGGGUGAAUCUGUGAAGCAUGAGGGUCAGUCUCUUCGACCUUUCUUUGAUGAAUGGCCUAGGAGCAGGGAUUCAUGGUCUGGUCUGGAAGCAACUCAGCUGUCCAUGUCCAUUCCUAUGUCGGCGUCGAACUUCUCUACAGCCAGCUCUCAAUCCUCGCAUGGCGAGACUAAAUAAGCUCAAGUGUUUCGGCACGUAGCCACCAACAGCAUAUUGUUGCAGAAAACUAAGAACUAUGUAUUCAUGUUUUUCAGCAACUGUCCUUGUUUCUCAGUACUGCCGCAUCAAUGUUUUGUCAGGACCGAACACAAAACAAGUUAAUCAGUUAUGCUUGCUCCAGUUAUGUCUGGUUUUCCUUGUAUUUUCAUUAGUCUCUUUAGCUUUGAGGUUUGUGCCCUUUAUGCUGAGGAAUUGUCUACAACUGUAUGGAACCUCAUCUAGUGGGUGGAUUUUAUAUAUUCCUUCAACAAUUUGCAUGUAAUGAUUUAAUUUAUGUUGUAUGAAUUUGCUGCUGUUUGUCGUGAAUGAAUGCAUACUAUUUUCUUUUGCAUUUG